AUGGCUAAAAGGUUCAACUCAUUGGUUGUUGAAGCAGGUGGUUAUGAUAAUCUUCCAUUCAUCGAGAAAGAUGUGUGGAAUUAUAUUGAUAAGGCCCGAGUCCUUAGGCUUGGUAAAGGAGGUGCUGAUGCACUUCGUCAAUAUUUUGAGAGAAUGCAGUAUAAGAAUGAUGGGUUCUAUUCCUCAAUGGAUAUAGAUGACGAAGGAAGAUUAAAGAAUGUUUUUUGGGCCGAUGGACGUAGCAGAGCAGCAUAUGGGUAUUUUGGGGAUGUUGUAACAUUUGAUACAACAUACCUGACAAAUAGAUAUGGCAUGUCAUUUGCCCCUUUUGUCGGUGUUAACCAUCACGGACAAUCAAUAUUUUUUGGAGCAGGUUUGAUUUCAAGCGAAAAUACUGAUACAUUUUUUUGGUUGUUUGAGACUUGGUUGAAAUGCAUUGAUGGGAGAGCUCCAAAUGCUAUCAUUACUGACCAAGACAGAGCCAUGAAAAACGCCAUAGCAAUAGUCUUCCCGAAUACCCGACACAAGUAUUGUUUAUGGCACAUUAUGCGAAAACUACCAGAGAAGUUGGGUUCCCAUUCUAAAUAUACUGAUAGUUUGACGAGCACAUUGCAAAAAUAUGUUUAUGAUUGUCAAACUUCUGAAGAGUUUGAGAAGUCUUGGGAGGUAUUACUUGAUACAUUCAAUUUACACGAGAAUGCAUGGCUUCAAAGUCUAUAUACUGAGAGAAUGCAUUGGGUUCCUGUAUAUCUGAAAGAUAGAUUUUGGGCUGAAAUGAGCACAACUCAAAUAAGUGAAAGCAUGAAUGCUUUUUUUGAUGGUUUUGUGCAUUCGGGGACCACAUUAAAAGAGUUUGUUGAUCAGUUUGACAAUGCAUUGAGGAAGAAAGGAGAGAAUGAGAUUGCAGCAGACUUUCACUCAUUCAACCGCACAACCCCAUGUAUAACCCAUUUACCUAUGGAGAAGCAAUUUCAACAAUUAUAUACUAAUUCUAAAUUUAAAGAAGUACAGACUGAAGUAAUAGAAAUUAUAUAUUCUCAUUGUAUUCUCAUCAAAACAGAAGGAGCAAUUUCGACAUAUCAAGUUAAUGAUCAGUUGCAAGUUGAAGACUCCAUUAAACGAGUUACAUAUCAGGCAUACUUUAAUGAAGAUGAGUGUGAGGUGAAGUGCAUGUGUGGACUAUUUGAGAUGAUGGGCAUUUUAUGUAGGCACAUUCUUGCUAUUUUCUCAGUAAAAGACGUCUGA